AUGUCGUGGGUUCGAUGUUGCCUAGAUCGGCCAAUAUUGAAGCGGCGAGCACAGAAAGCUAGUGGGCCUCUUGACGAACGGUUUGGAGACCUGUCGAUUAGUGGGCCUAUGGAAGGCGGAUGGAACCAAGUAUCACCAUCACCCGAGAGCAAAGAGACUGGAUUCCCAUCGAGAAAUAUUCUCCCUGAGCAGCCAGCCGGAAAAAAGGGGGGUGACCUAGUACGGUCCCGUUCACGGCCAUGGAGAUACGCUCCACUAAGUUUCAAAGCACGAAAGAACAGUCUGCCAUCAGACUCUGAGAAAGCGUUGAGCGAGAUGGCAACCUCGCCCUCUGCAACAAAGGAUAAAGCAGACUUCGUCUACAAACCAGCCAGCGGAGAGUUCCUGAAGACUAUGGCCGACCUUGGGAAGCCUAAGAAUGGGCGUCCAUCCACCGAAAUCACCCGUUCUGUUGUGAAUAACCGCCACACAUCGUUGCAGAGUAACAGUUCCCUUGAGCCCACAUUACCUGGAGAGAUGCCUCGACAUCCGUUUCACCAGGACUUCUCUACCCGCAGCCAUUCUCCUGCCCAUCGCACCUACUCUAAUAAAUCCACAAGUCCAACGGAACACAACUUCGACCCGCGAACGCCAGCUACCAACUACAGUACAUCAGCACGAAACUCAUCUACUAGAGAUGAAGAGUCUAGCAGUUAUACCACGGCGAUGGAUAUAGAAAAAUCUCCUCGAUCGAUUAUAUCCGAUACCGCUCCCAUACCCACAUCCGGAUACCUGCCAUCCAACCCUUACCCGUCUGAACACAGCCGAAAGAAGCGAAAGGCCAAACCCAAGCGAGUGGUGACUUCUGAAAUGGUACCAUCGACAAAUGAUCUUUUCGGUUGA